AUGGAGCCCCUGCCUGAGCGCGCGCGCCGGCCCGGGCCCCGCUGGCUCCUGCUGCCGCUGCUGCUGCUGCUGCCGCCGGCCCCGGGGCUGGGCCCGCGCCGCGCCCGCGCCGAGGAGAGCGACUGGGUCCGCCUGCCCAGCAAAUGCGAAGUGUGUAAAUAUGUCGCCGUGGAGCUGAAGUCGGCCUUCGAGGAGACUGGCAAGACCAAGGAGGUCCUUGACACUGGCUACGGCAUCCUGGACCGGAAGGCCUCCGGGGUCAAAUAUACCAAGUCGGACUUGCGGUUAAUCGAGGUCACUGAGACUAUUUGCAAGAGGCUCCUGGACUACAGCCUGCACAAGGAGAGGACCGGCAGCAACCGGUUUGCCAAGGGCAUGUCCGAGACGUUUGAGACGCUGCACAACCUGGUCCACAAGGGGGUCAAGGUGGUGAUGGACAUCCCCUACGAGCUGUGGAACGAGACCUCCGCAGAGGUGGCGGACCUCAAGAAGCAGUGCGACGUGCUGGUGGAGGAGUUCGAGGAGGUGAUCGAGGACUGGUACCGGAACCACCAGGAGGAGGACCUGACGCAGUUCCUCUGCGCCAACCACGUGCUGAAGGGCAAGGACGCCAGUUGCCUGGCAGAGCAGUGGUCCGGCAAGAAGGGGGACACGGCCGCGCUGGGCGGGAAGAAGCCCAAGAAGAAGAGCAGCAGGGCCCAGGCCUCCGGGGGCAGCAAACAGAGGAAGGAGCUGGGAGACCCGGGCCCCGAGGAGGACGAGGGCGUCCAGCAGGCGUCCCCCCUCACACGCAGCCCCCCUGACGAGCUCUGA